ACCGUUGUAUCUCGGGAAGGGAUAAAUGCAUGCAAAGGGAGACGAGUCUGGAGGGCUGCUUAAAACUCUUCUGCAAGUAAACAGAUGGAGGGCGGACCGUGUUAUUCAUUUUAAGUUCCUUUUUUCCUUUCCCUCCCCAGCAUGUCUGUUUUUUGUCUCUAGGAGAGGGGACACAGGCUGAUGCCGAGAAAAAAACCCACUUGUAACUGUGCUUGGGAGUCUUUUGCAGUAGCGGGCCAGAGUCAGCCGCAUAGACUGUUGUGCUUGCUGGGCACCACUCGGCUCUAUUGAUUUUUCACCACACAGAAGGAAGGGAAAGAGAUCAGUCACGGCAAAAGCUCUGGAAGUUAAACUUUGUGUUUCAUAUCUGGCCAAACUGGACUGAGUUUAUACGACACAUCAGAGGAGUGACUUUUUUUUUUUAACGUAACUCAUACACUGGGAGAAAAGAGCUGACUUUUCAUUUAAAGUAAGUGCACGGAGAAGAGAGACAGCAUGGUGCAGAAGAUGAGCCACACAGAGAGCACUGCGGAGGCGCUUUCCUCCUUCUUCAGCGGGGAUUCGAGCUCCGGGGCGAGCAUGGAUCUGGACCCCGCUGACUCGCCCCUCUCCCCCGGCUCCACAGCCUCCUCGACAGCCGGGGACAACCCGGCGUGGUGUAAAACUCCGAGCGGCCACAUUAAGAGACCCAUGAACGCAUUCAUGGUAUGGUCACAGAUCGAGAGGCGGAAGAUUAUGGAGCAGUCUCCUGACAUGCACAACGCCGAGAUCUCUAAACGGCUGGGGAAGAGGUGGAAGCUCCUCAGAGACAGCGACAAGAUCCCCUUCAUCCAGCAGGCGGAGCGGCUGAGGCUCAAGCACAUGGCGGACUACCCCGACUACAAGUACCGGCCCAGGAAGAAGGUCAAAUCGAGCGCUUCCAAGCCGGGAAGUGUCGGGGAAAAGGGGGAAAGAGUCAACAGUAGCUCCAACAGCACCAGCAUUAAGUCGUCCUCAUCUUCGAGGAAGAAUGGACUCAAAUCACCCAGCAGCAAAGCCCACAAAUCAUUCUUCGGGAACAGCAGUAGCACCAAAGCCUCACAGUUUGCCUCUGAGCAGCCACCGGACCACAACCACCAUCACCACAUCACCCUCUCCAAGUCCAAGUCCGUGUCAUCCACAGCCAAGCAAGUACCGGAGGGCAAGAGGGCCAAGCGGGUCUACCACGUCUACGGGGGCGGCUUGAGCGUCAGUCCCGCGUCCUCAGUCACCGUUCCGGCCAGUCCUACGCUGAGCAACUCGGCGGACUCCAGUGAUCCGCUCAGCCUGUACGAGGACGUGUCUAGCGGUAGGGACGAGGGAAGCGAGUCCCCGGCCGGCAGUAGCGGAAGCCCGGGCGGCUCGUCGCAACGUCGCGGCGGCCAAACGUACAGCAGUCGGCGGGCUUCCUCGCCCACACCCUCCGGGUCCCACUGCUCCGCCUCCUCCUCGUCGUCUUCUUCCUCCUCGGAGGACGAAGAGUUCGAGGACGACUUGCUCGACUUGAACCCGAGCCCCAACUUUGACAGCAUGUCGCUGGGGAGCUUUGGCUCCUCGGUGCUGGACAGGGACUUGGAUGUGAACUUUGAGUCCGGCUCCGGAGGCUCCCACUUCGAAUUCCCCGACUACUGCACCCCCGAAGUUAGCGAAAUGAUCUCCGGGGACUGGCUGGAGUCCACCAUUUCCAACCUGGUGUUCACAUACUGAAAACAAGGUGGGCACAACCGACGACCACAAACGAAGCCCUGGGCCCCGGACACAAGAGUGAGGGCAGCUCCUGCUUUUGUCUCCGAACUACCAGACCAGUUACUACCCAUUCAAAACGAGCGCCAUGGCGUUGCUUUUCGUCUGCAAGUGCUUGGAAAGCUCAACCUUUAAAGCCGAAAAGGGCCCUUUUGUGGGCGGCUUCGCUUUGAAUGUGCGGACCGUGGAGGACUGUGGAACAGGCGUGCGUGGAGCGGCGCAAAACAAGCGAGAAGGGGAGAAACGUAACACCGGUUCGGUUUCCUGUUUGAGAAGACCCUCGGCGGUGAACUGGAUGACCCCCAACAACUUUACUGUGAUUGAUUUGCACGUUAUGCGGUCCGCCGUUCACUUAAUCAAUGUUGUUGCUGAUUAUUUUUUAAAGGGACAUUUCACAACUUUUUACCGAUUUGCCAAGUGAAUUUCACCACUAUAAGGUACAUAACUCUGGACUGCCGUGCGACAUUUUUCUAACUUGUGGUCACAGAGGGAUUUUGUAUGAAACCAAGGUGGGUUGUUUUUUUCCCCCCCAAGUUUGAUAUCUUUUCAAAAGCAAAAAAAAAAAAGAAAAAAACACGUUGAAGCAUGAUAGCUUACUUUGUUCCUAUGUUGACAUCUAAUGUAAGCAGUUACAAAUAGUACAGUAUUAGGAUUAUUUAAAUGUAUAGCUAGCCUCACCUCAACUCGUCUUUUUUAUUUGUUUGAUAAAAUGACACUGUAAUAAUCACCAGCUCUUUUAAUAUUUCAAACUUCAGGAUUCAAACGCAUCUACAAAUCAGUGCUGAACUUUAUACACAUCUUCUCUACUAUUCAGGACCAAAAUGAUCAUUUCAAGUAAUACCUUAUUGAAACUCCUCACCAGUUUUUGUUUUCAUACACAGAGCUUUGUUUUGUACAUGUAUUCAGAUGCCAUUUUAUAUGGGAUAUUGUAUUUAUAUACUGGGCCAAGCAGUUUUGUCUUUUUAUUUUGUGUUCAUUCCUGUUAUUGUUAUUGUUCUGUCACGUUUUCUUCUCAGGCGAAGGGCUAGAGUUUUAAAAACACACAACUUUGAUUCAUUUUUUAUAUUUAAAUGUACACAUGUUUGGACACGUAAAAUAUAGGAAACAGUUUGAUUAUUUUCUCAGUGUAUUUUUGUACAAAUCUAUAUGGAGGAGGAGUCAACAAUUGAUCUGAUCCGCCUAGUAAUUCAGCUACAUUUGAGUUUCCUGAUUUGGAAACCUCAGGUGGCUGGUUUCCAUGCUGUGUUCAAGGUCUAUUGGAAAGCUCUUUUUUUUUUAUUGCCUGCUCAAAAUUCGUUCCAAAGUAAACCAGCAAAACAACCAUAGUAUUCUGCGGUGGUCAAUGUAAAGCUUUGUUCAGCUACGUUUGACCGCUUUCACAAAGCGGAUACCCUUAUCAGUUAUUGAUCAGUAAUCGAUAGUGAAUUUGGCAAAUUUUGUCAUAAUAACACUAGCAAGACUUGAUUUUUGUAACCAAUCUAAUAUUGUUAUCUUCCAUGGAGAAUGUUUCACCAUGAAGGCAUACACAUGCAAUUUUGCUUUUUCAAUAGCCCUUGAAUGCAGCAGCAGUCUUUGUUGCAGACUCCCUUCUACAGUUUACAGUGCCAGUCUACAGGCUUCUUUAGGACACAUCAUGAACUGAUUAUUGCCAGAAGCUAUUCCCGUGGAGCAUGUGGCUUUAACAGUCAGUCUCUGAAGCAGAAGCCUCUCCUUUUUAUUUAUCUUUCUCUCUGAUAUAUUGCCUACAACACAUGAGGAGAUUGUAGCUUUAAAAUUGUCUUAUUUCUUGAUGUUUUCAUAAACUGAUGUCAAACUCAUCCACCAGCCACUAGAUUAAAUUGGCUAUCUUUUUAGACAGCAAACAACAAAGAAGAUCUAGAUCAAGCAUAUUCAAAUUUCUGACUUGAGUUCCGCAACAUCUACUUGUUCUGCGUUUCUCAUUGUAUUUGAAUAUAUAAUCUUUUCUACUUGUUGGCUAACUAUUAGAUAAUUGUUUAGUAUGUUUAUGGCAUGGUGAAUAGCAUUUGUAUUUCGGAUUCAGGUUACCUAGCUGUUGUGUUUUUCAGAAAAAAAAAAAGGAAAAAAUGAGGAAAAAUUGAACUCAAUCUUUGUAUAUUUGACUGUAUCAUAAAGCAAAAAGAUUGUGUGUUUAUGUAUGUUGUUGCUAUCAAGGACAGGCACUGUCUAGAACGACUAUCUUUUACACAUCCUUACUUUUAAGGUGGUCAGUUCAGGACUUUUUAUAUAUAUAUUAUAAAUGAAAGCGUUUUUAAGUAUAUUAACUUUAUUUUUCAUCCAUCCUGUGCAAUAUGCUGUGUAGAAUUAUCAUGUAUUGUCUCUCUAAUCAUGCCAUAAACAAAGGAACCACCUUUUUUUGAGACUCAGAGAAAGGGAGGGGAACUCAUGCCAGCUAAAUUGUGUUCAUUCACUGCCUGUCAGAUUGUUGAUAUAAACUUGUGUACAGAACUUUUUCAAGGAAGGAAAUAAAUAUCAGCUGGAACUGAAA